AUGGAUGCGCAGGACCAUGGCCUGCCCGACAGGGUGGGCCCGCAGGGGCUCAUCAACCGCGUGGAGUUUGUGCGCCUGCUGGAGCAGGCGCUGCACCGCCUCGGAUACUCGGGCGUGGCGGAGCACCUGGAAAAGGAUUCGCCGCACGCCUGUGCAAAUGACUGCAAUACCAUCCGUAGCGGCGUGCAGCAGCAGGGCGCCGACGGGCCCACACGCACGCCUCCUUCAGCCUCCCACACCCCACCCCCUUGA